AUGUUGAGAUCAUUUCCUUCUGCCACAAAUAAUAAAAAUCCAUCUCCAAAUAGUGUUACAAAUAGUAGAAAUCCAUUCUUAUCGAAUACUGUCAUAAAACCAGAUAAACAAAAUUCAUAUUUUUCAAAUAUUGCCAUAAGUGGUGGAAAUCCAUUUUUGUCAAAUAGUGUCACAAAUAAUCAAAAACCACUUUCACCAAGCAGUGGCACAAGUGGAAAUCCAUUUUUGUCAAGUGUCAAUAAGCCAGUCUCACCAAGCUUUUCAAAUAGUGGAGACUUAUACAUCAACAAUCCCUUCUUGCAUCCCACCGACACAAGAUUUAAUGCAGAUGGUCCAUCAAAGCCUGCCUCACCAAGACUUCCCCCAAGACCACUUACUACACUAGAGCCAUCACCUACUACUACACCAAGACCACCACCUAUUACUCCAAGGCCACCACCUACUACUCCAAGGCCACCACCUACUACCCCAAGGCCACCACCUACUACCCCAAGGCCACCACCUACUACCCCAAGGCCACCACCUACUACCCCAAGGCCACCACCUACUACACCAAGACCAUCACCUACUACAUCAAGGCUAUCACCUAGUACACCAAGACUAUCACAACCACCACCUAAUAUACCAGUAUCAACUCCUCAAGUUCAGCCUUCAGUUACAAGUAUAUCAUUGGAGGAACUAAUACCCAUUAAAAUCACUGGUCCAGUAAAAACGAAAUCAGAACUGAAAUGCGAUGAAUAUGCUGGAGAGAUUUCGGGUGUAACUGAGAUACAAUCUUUAACCGGUUCAUCAUCGGGCGUGUUCAGAGUGAACAAUGCCUGUCAGGAUUCAAAUCAUCUGGUGAUUGGUGGCGUCGAUGCUCAACCCGGCGAGUUUCCUCAUAUGGCCGCUCUGGGCAGACUAUUUGGACAGACUUUUUCUUAUAUGUGUGGCGGGACGUUAAUUUCACAUACCUGGGUACUUUCCGCUGCGCAUUGUACUUAUGGACCAAACGGUGAUCCGACUAACGUUCGAAUAGGCUUCUACGAAUUGACGAAUCAAGCUGGCAUAAUGAUUGCCAUCAGUGAUAUGAUAAGACAUCCGGAGUACCUUCCACCUGAGCUAUAUGCAGAUAUAGCUUUGAUAUUGCUUGAGAGUCCCGUUACAUUUAGCCUAGCGAUAAGACCUGCAUGUCUCUAUCAGCGAUAUGAUUUCGUGCCCAAGAAUGCCUGGGUCAGCGGCUGGGGUGCCACCGAAUUUGCUGGAGAUGCAAGCAAUCGACUGCAAAAAGCUCAACUGACUCUAAUAAGCAAUGUGAAAUGUUCGGAAAAGCACAACACUUCUAUAGAAGUUCCGCAUGGUAUCUCAACGAAUAUGAUUUGUGCCGGUGAUGUUCGCGGCAAUCGGAGCAGUGAUACCUGCGAGGGAGAUUCCGGUGGUCCUCUACAAAUCAUUCAUCCUCAAAAUGAUUGCCUUUUUCAAGUGAUUGGUAUCACCAGCUUCGGUCAAGCCUGCGGGAUAGGUGACACGCCUGGUGUCUAUACUAAAGUAUCCCCUUAUCUUUCAUGGAUUGAAAGUUACGUUUGGCCGGAAGGACAAUAA